AUGGAGGAGCUCCCUGAGCCAGAAGGACCAAUAGAUUGGAAAGAGCGCUGUGUAGCUCUGGAGGCUCAGCUCAUGAAAUUCCGAGUUCAAGCAAGCAAGAUCCGCGAGCUCCUAGCAGACAAAAUGCAACAGUUGGAGAGACAAGUUAUAGAUGCGGAACGUCAAGCAGAAAAGGCCUUCCAAGAGGUACAAGUUAUGGAAGAGAAACUAAAAGCAGCUAAUAUUCAGACCAGUGAGUCAGAGACACGACUAUAUAAGAAGUGUCAAGACCUGGAGUCCGUGAUGCAGGAGAAGGAUGACAUCAUUCAGAACUUGGCACUGCGGCUUGAAGAGCAGAAACAAGUGCGAAUACAAGAAGCUAAAAUAAUAGAAGAAAAAGCAGCUAAGAUCAAAGAAUGGGUAACAGUUAAGUUAAAUGAGCUAGAAGUAGAGAAUCAGAAUCUUCGUUUCAUCAACCAAAACCAGACUGAAGAGAUAAGGGCAAUCCAGACAAAACUGCAAGAACUCCAAGAGAAGAAGUUAUCCUGUGUCUCCACAUCAAAGUCCUCAGAAGGUCAGCGCCUGAGCAAUUUGUCAUUUGGAUGCUUCUUGUCCCGAGCAAAGAGUCCUCCUUGUGUAGUAAGAUCUGAAGAAGUGACCAAGAUGGCCCCAAGUGAACCUGAGGUCACCGAAGGAAGAUGUGUAGAAGAGAUGGAAAUUGCAGAGAAGCCCACUGACAGCCAAGUCCAAGAGAAGAGCAGAAGCCAGAGCACAUUGAACGAGACUUCUUGCAGCUCAGAACAGACCCGGAAGACAAGAGCAAGCUUUGCUACAGAUGGUGGUACGUCCCAGAAUUCUGGGGUUCCAGUGAGUGACUGGAGUUCAGACGAGGACGAUGGAAGCAAGGGCAGAUCUAAGUCCAGGUGCACGUCCACCCUUUCCAGCCACACGUCUGAGGAGGGUGGCCAGUGCGGCAGGAUGGGCAGUGAAGCCUAUCUCACAGCUUCUGAUGACAGUAGUUCUAUAUUCGAAGAAGAGACUUUUGAUGGUAACAGACCUGAGCACAAGAAGCUAUAUUCUUGGCAGCAGAAGGCACCAUGGAAAGCUCAGAGUAACCUUGCAAAGGGGAGUUCUCAGUCAGGAGUAAAGGAGCACGAUAGUUCCUCAGAUGAACUGAAUAAGAAAUUUCAGUCCCAGAGACUGGAUUAUUCAUCCUCAUCAAGCGAGGCCAACACCCCAAGCCCUAUUUUAACCCCAGCUUUAACCCCCAAACACCCUAGCUCACUCCCCGGAAAAGGAACACCAUUAGCGCCUCCACCAUGCCAGCCAUCCCCAAAGCUAAGGAUCCCCAAUGUUUUCAGUAUAAGUGUGGCACUCACCAAAAGGCACCUGAGCCAGCCACAGUUGUGUUCGGACCGGAUGUUUGGCGUGAACCGGAAUGCUAUAAGCAUGAUCCGGCCGCUGAGGCCUCAGGAGACGGACCUUGAUGUGGUUGAUGGCGACUGUGCGGAAGCCGUGAACAGCAUGGACACUGGUUGUGAUGACGGCUUAUUUUCCUAUGACUCCCAGGAUCCUCCACAUACAGAUGACCAGGAAAACUGCGAGGCCGCAAAGAAGGCCUCGUGCCGCAAGCCCCCCACUCCUCCUCUGCACCGCUUCCCCUCUUGGGAGAGCAGGAUAUAUGCUGUAGCCAAAUCAGGCAUCCGAGUGUCUGAGGUCUUCAAUAUGGAGAAUGCUAAUCAAAAUUCUGCAAACAUACUUUCCUACUCUGCAGCAGGCCCUUAUACGUCUCUCAUAUACAAGAAUAUGUCGACACCAGUGUAUACAACGUUGAAGGGGAAGGCGACACAAAUAAGUAGCAGCCCUUUCCUGGAUGACUCCUCUGGCUCAGAUGAAGAGGACGGUUCUAGGUCCAGCUCCCGCAUGUCGGAGUCAGAUGCGCGCAGCCGCAGUGGGCCGGGCAGUCCCAGAGCCAUGAAGCGAGGCGUGUCUGACUCUUCUGAAAGUGAUUACGCCAUUCCUCCAGAUGCCUAUUCCAUAGACACAGAGUGCUCACAGCCGGAGCAGAAACUCCUAAAAACCUGCUUGGUUUCCAGUGACAAUGGGAAAAAUGAACCUUUAGAAAAAUCUGGCUACCUACUAAAAAUGAGCGGGAGAGUCAAGACUUGGAAGCGGAGAUGGUUUGUUCUUAAAGGCGGCGAAUUACUUUACUACAAGUCUCCGAGCGAUGUAAUUCGGAAACCCCAGGGCCACAUUGAACUUAGUGCAUGCUGCAAUAUUUUACGGGGAGAUAACAAGCAAACGGUUCAGCUGACCACAGAGAAGCACACAUACUUUCUGACGGCUGACUCCCCCAAUAUACUGGAAGAAUGGAUCAGAGUGUUACAGAAUGUUCUGCGAGUCCAAGCUACUAACCCUAUUUGCCUGCAGCCAGAGGGCAAACCCACAGUAAAGGGAUUGCUCACCAAGGUAAAACAUGGCUACUCUAAGAGAGUCUGGUGCGUGCUUGUUGGGAAGACCUUGUAUUAUUUUCGUAAUCAAGAGGAUAAGUUCCCUCUAGGUCAGAUCAAACUCUGGGAGGCUAAGGUGGAGGAGGUGGACAGGUCCUGUGACUCGGAUGAGGAUUACGAGACCAGUGGGCGCUUUCUGCUGUCUACUCACUACACCAUCAUUGUACACCCCAAGGACCAAGGCCCUACUUACCUGCUCAUCGGCUCUAAGUAUGAAAAGGAAACCUGGCUUUAUCACCUCACUGUUGCAGCUGGAAGCAACAACGUAACUGUUGGAUCGGAAUUUGAACAACUGGUUUGCAAGCUGCUCACUAUAGAAGGGGAACCCUCCUCCCAGAUAUGGAGACACCCCAUGCUCUGUCACAGCAAAGAAGGAAUUCUGUCCCCUCUGACCACACUGCCUUCGGAAGCUCUGCAGACAGAGGCCAUUAAGUUAUUUAAGACUUGCCAGCUCUUUAUAAACGCUGCGGUCGACUCCCCUGCCAUUGACUACCAUAUCUCUCUAGCUCAGAGCGCCUUGCAGGUCUGCCUGACACAUCCCGAGCUACAGAAUGAAAUUUGCUGCCAGCUAAUUAAGCAGACAAGACGGAGACAGCCGCAGAAUCAGCCAGGACCAUUGCAGGGCUGGCAGCUCCUGGCACUCUGCGUUGGACUCUUCCUUCCCCACCACCCUUUCCUGUGGCUCCUCCAGCUGCAUCUACAAAGGAAUGCAGAUUGCAGGACAGAGUUUGGGAAAUAUGCCAUUUACUGCCAGCGAUGUGUAGAAAGGACACAGCAAAACGGAGACCGAGAGGCCAGACCAUCCAGGAUGGAGAUCCUCUCCACUCUUCUUCGAAACCCCUACCAUCACUCUCGGCCCUUCAGCAUACCCGUGCACUUCAUGAAUGGGAUCUACCAGGUAGUUGGGUUCGAUGCGUCCACCACAGUAGAAGAAUUUUUGAACACUUUGAACCAGGACACAGGAAUGAGGAAGCCAGCGCAGUCUGGAUUUGCACUGUUCACGGAUGACCCUUCUGGCAGAGACCUGGAGCACUGUCUUCAGGGAAAUAUCAAGAUCUGUGACAUCAUUUCUAAAUGGGAGCAGGCAUCCAAAGAGCAGCAGCCGGGGAAGUGUGAGGGCAGCAGAACGGUCCGUCUGACUUACAAAAACAGACUGUAUUUCUCAACACAAACUCGUGGAGAGACCGAUCGAGAGAAGCUGCUGCUGCUGUAUCAGACAAAUGAUCAGAUUAUAAAUGGCCUUUUUCCUCUGAACAAGGAUCUGGCACUAGAAAUGGCAGCGCUUUUAGCUCAGGUGGAUCUUGGGGAUUUUGAAAGACCGUUCUCAACUCCAGCUGGGCUUGUGACUAACCAGUGCAAAGCAAAUCAAACCCUCAAACAAGUCAUAGAGAAAUUUUACCCUAAACGGUACCGAGAAGGAUGCUCUGAGGAACAGUUAAGGCAGCUUUACCAGCGACUCUCGACCAGAUGGAUGGCCCUCCGGGGACACAGUGCGGCUGACUGCGUGCGCAUUUACUUGACAGUAGCCAGGAAGUGGCCAUUCUUUGGCGCCAAGUUGUUCUUUGCAAAACCCAUAACACCAUCAACACUUGGCAAUUUCGUAUGGCUGGCUGUCCAUGAAAAUGGGUUGAGCAUCCUAGAAUAUUCCUCCAUGAGGUUGGUGGUCAGCUAUGUGUACAAGGGUCUGAUGACCUUUGGAGGCUAUCAAGAGGAUUUUAUGGUAGUCAUUAGUACGCAGUCAAAAGACCGGCCAACAGAGAAGCUACUUUUUGCCAUGGCAAAACCCAAGAUUCUUGAAAUUACCCUUCUGAUGGCCAGUUACAUCAACAACUUCUAUCAGCAAAAGACAGCGUUUCACCACCUCUCUGCUCCUGCACUGCUGUCACCCAGGACCCAGGGACCCCAAGCCAGAGCCAUGGGCAGCCAGCCCCUUCCAUCCAACAGCAGACCUACCAAAGGCCCUACCUUACUCUGAAGCUCCUGAGCCUGAACCGUCACUCCUUCACUACGUGGUUGCACCCGCUGCAAGCAAAGCGUUUACACCCCGCUGACAUGGCGCAUACACCAGCACUCCAGACUGUAGCAGUAAUGGGUUACUCUCUUAUCUGACUCUUAAUAUUUAGAUAACAAUAAACACAAGAUGUAUCAACACACUCAUUGUGUCCUAGACAAAGUAGGUUAGAAUUUGUCUCUCUUUUUUUUUUUUUUAGUUUCCCCCGUCUCCCUUCUUGGUCAUAAGACAUUGUGCAGUAAUGCUUCCCAGUUUGCUUUUAAAUAUCCUGGCAAUCUUUUGAAAGGGGGAUUCCAAACUCUCAUUUGGUAAACCAGUUGACUAUCUGGAAAAGCUCACUGCCAAAGAAUGCAAGUACUGGAAUCAAAUAUGCCUUUAGCUAAUGAUGUGGUCUUUGAGAAGGAGUGAGAUUUAGUGUAGAAUUCAUCUGUGGGAACAUAUACAGGGGGCGAAUUCUUAGAGCAAGUGCAGUAAAUUGUCUGAGGCUGGGUGUCAUUACAUGAGAGGGCAGACCACUAACCAGAGCUGCCUCUGCAAGGUUAGGAAGUAUGGAUCCUGCCACCUCUGCGGAU